AAGAUUACAAGAGCCAUGAGCAAAGCUCAAGGAAGUAAUGAUCAUCAACAUGAACAUGAAGAUCCCGAAGGGUCAAAACCACUAGAAGAGUACACCAUCCCGAAAGGCACCAUAACGCGUAUCAUGCGCCAAGUCCUGCCGCAAGACUCGAGGGUCACCGGCGGCGCCAAGGAGACCAUGGACCAGUGCAUCGUCCAAUUCUCCACGGCCCUCGUACGCGCCGCCACGCAAGAGUGCCGGCGAGACCGCCGCCUCACCAUCACCGCCGACGACCUGAUCGUCGGCUUUGCUAACCUCGGACUGGCUGACUACGUGCAGCCCAUGUCCGUGUACCUACGUCUGUACCGUGAGACCGUUAAUAACCAGCAGCAGGCCGUAGCACCGCCGUCACCGACCGUGCAGAGAGGGACGACGACGGCAGUGCCGCCGCCGCCGCCGAACCUCACGCUGCAACUGGGCCUGCCGUCCGUGCCUGAUGUCACCGAGCUGGCGCGUGAUACUGACGUGUACGCGCUGUGGCAUGGAGCUGCACCGGCAGCGGGGAGCACGAGCGCCUCCUCGGUGGCGCCGAUGCCGCCACCUGCUGCUGAUGGUGAUGAAGAUGAGUGAAGUGAAGUGGUUCAUUGUACCGUUCUGAAAGUGGAACUUAAUUUGAGUAGUUAAUUCGACUGUUAAGUGUUAAGUGAAGGAGUCAUAUAUCAGUGCUAUUUUUAUUGUACCGUUCUGAAUUAAUAUGGUGUUUCAGAAUAAUGUUCCAGCCGGGCUUUGUAGGAGACUGUCGCCAUUGUUUGCUGAAUCGAAAU